AUGUCAUCAAACAACAAUGAAAAACCUCAAAUUAGUUUUAUACCGGAGAGCGAAAAUUUGAAUACUGAUGUACAUGCAUCUGGUCAGUGUUUCCCUUCUUCGUUUUUGGUCGUGGGCACAGAAGUUAGUGCCAAGUAUCGAGGUGCAUUUUGUGAAGCAACAGUAGAUUACGUGGACCUCAGAUUCCGCCUUCAUGUACAACUAAAGUCUACUAAGGUGGUUCAUAAACUUGGUGGAUUUCAUCGUGUUUCGUCUCAUCUUAAAUGGGGUUAUGUUUAUUCGAAGAUGGAUAUACCUCAGAACUUCAGUGCUAGUCCACGAAAUCCUGCAGGCUGCCUUCAAGAAGUGAGGAGGCGUCAUCUUUAUCAUCUGAAACGGAUUAUUCACAGUGAACAUGUAAACCACACUGAAGUCGACAGAAUUCAUCUGUACGUGAAACAGGAAGUCAGUGGAAGUAUCACAAUUCGAAGUGUUCCAGACUUAUCACCUGGGAUCCACGAUGAUAAACAAACGAACGCUGUGAUGAUGAAUAAAUGCCCAGGUGAUGGCGUGAUUUUUCAGCCCAUAAACACAUGUGAUAAACAAGAGAAAAAAGUUGGAAAGACAGUGGAGGAUAACGAUACUGAAGAUGAUCGAUGUUCUGUCCAAACUAUGAGCACAGAUCCUAGGAAUGGAUUGUUAUAUGAUUUAACUAUGUCUUCAGAAAAAUCUCAUUUGCAGUUAUCUAGUAAGGAAAAUGAUGAUUUGGAAUAUAUAGAUAAUCCUCUGGAUCUACCUAUCCAUCAUACUGAUAUGGUUGAAGAAAUCAGAGCUUUAUCUGGUACUGAUGAUCACCCGGUUAGUGAAAUUGCAUACGACAGAGUAGUGGAUGAAACUAUUGUAAAUGAAACAUAUGUGGAGCCAGUGAGUGAGCAACAAGAAGAGGAGAUAAAAAUCUCUGAAGUAGAACAAACAAAUCUAGUAAAAUCUCGUAAACGGAUUAGGCUAUCUAGCAAUACCAGCAAUUCAACUGAUACUUCAAGUAAACGAGGAAACAAACGGGCGUAUUUAACUCCUCAUCGCAGUACAGCUGCUUCUUAG